CUGAGUCUGACCCCGGAAGUGUAAUUCCUCGACGUGUACAUCCCUUGCAUGUUUCCGUGCUCUCUCUGGAAAGCAGGUCUCGAGCUCCGUGUCCAGCUUUACCUCGUCGGCUUCAGAACUAUAAUAUUCACCCAGACCUCCGCUGUACACGCGUUUAGAUCCCUGUACGGACUAGUCUUCAGAGACCGCGGUGAUGGCCACUUCAGUAUCCUCCCAGGUCCAGGGCAGCACGGCGGCUCCGGCGCUGCAGAGAGGGAUUGUGAAAAUGGUUCUGUCUGGAUGUGCCAUCAUUGUAAGAGGCCAGCCACGAGGCGGGCCGCCUCCGGAGCGACAGAUCAACCUCAGCAAUGUGCGUGCUGGUGCCCUCGCCCGCCGUGCCACCCAGAGCCAGCCUGACACUAAAGACAUCCCAGAUGAGCCCUGGGCUUUCCAGGCUCGUGAGUUUCUGCGCAAAAAGAUGAUUGGCAAAGAGGUGUGCUUCACUGUAGAAUUCAAAACACAGCAGGGGAGAGAGUAUGGAGUGCUGUACCUGGGAAAGGAUACAUUAGGAGAGAACAUUGCUGAGUCGCUGGUUGCUGAGGGCCUUGCCACGGUCCGCAGAGAGGGUAUCAGAGGCACAAACCCUGAGCAGGCCAGACUCUGUGAUUUGGAGGACCAGGCUAAGGCUGCAAGGAAAGGCCUGUGGUCUGAGGGUGGAGGCGCACACACAAUUCGGGAACUCAAAUACAGCAUUGAGAACCCCCGCAAUUUUGUGGAUUCCUUGCACCAGAAACCAGUUAAUGCCAUUAUUGAACAUGUCCGUGAUGGCAGUGUUGUGCGAGCUCUCUUGCUGCCUGAUUACUACCUGGUUACUGUGAUGCUGUCUGGAAUCAAGUGUCCAACAUUCAAGCGAGAAGCUGAUGGAGCAGAGACACCAGAGCCAUUUGCAGCCGAGGCAAAGUUCUUCACUGAGUCCCGUCUGCUUCAGAGAGAUGUGCAGAUCAUUUUGGAGUCCUGCCCCAACCAGGUCAUCCUGGGUACCAUCCUCCACCCGAAUGGGAACAUCACUGAACUGUUGCUGAAGGAGGGCUUUGCUCGCUGUGUGGACUGGUCCAUGGCUGUGUACACCCAGGGAGCAGAGAAGCUACGGGCUGCAGAACGCUCUGCGAAGGAGCGCAAAGUGAGGAUCUGGAAAGACUAUGUUGCUCCCACUGCCAAUCUGGACCAGAAGGACAGACAAUUUGUGGCAAAGGUGAUGCAGGUUAUGAAUGCAGAUGCCAUUAUUGUGAAGUUGAACUCGGGUGAAUACAAAACAAUUCACCUGUCCAGCAUUCGACCCCCCAGGAUUGAGGGCGAGGAGAAGAAUAGGGACAAGGACAAGCGCUUUCGACCUCUAUAUGACAUCCCCUACAUGUUUGAGGCCAGAGAAUUCCUGAGAAAGAAGCUGAUUGGAAAAAAGGUCAACGUCACUGUCGAUUACAUCAGAGCUGCCACCACAAGCACCGAAACAGGGCCCAUCCCUGCCUUCCCAGAACGCACCUGUGCCACCGUGACCAUUGGAGGAAUAAAUAUUGCUGAGGCUCUGGUCAGUAAAGGACUUGCUACAGUAAUCAGAUAUCGUCAGGAUGAUGAUCAGAGGUCUUCACAUUACGAUGAGUUACUGGCUGCAGAAGCACGGGCCAUCAAGAAUGGGAAGGGGCUCCACAGCAAGAAGGAGGUCCCCAUUCACCGAGUUGCAGACAUCUCUGGGGAGACCCAGAAAGCCAAGCAGUUCCUGCCAUUCUUGCAGAGAGCUGGUCGCUCUGAGGCUGUGGUCGAGUACGUGUUCAGUGGCUCCAGGCUGAAACUUUACAUGCCCAAAGAGACAUGCCUCAUAACCUUCCUGCUUGCUGGUAUUGAGUGCCCCCGAGGGUCUCGUAACAUGCCAGGUGGAACACCUGAGCCAUUCAGCGAGGAGGCAACACUCUUCACUAAGGAGCUGGUGUUGCAGAGAGAGGUAGAAGUUGAGGUAGAGAGCAUGGAUAAAGCAGGCAACUUUAUUGGUUGGCUUCACAUCGAGGGGAUAAACCUGUCUGUGGCAUUGGUGGAGAACUCGCUCUCGAAGGUUCACUUCACAGCUGAGCGCAGCUCCUACUUCAAAACCCUGCUGUCUGCUGAAGAAGUGGCCAGGCAGAGGAAAGACAAGAUUUGGGCCAAUUAUGAGGAAAAGCCAACAGAAGAAGUAGCCCAGCUGUCUGAAGAGAAGGAACGUGUGGCUAAGUACAGGCCAGUGUACGUCACUGAAAUCACAGACGGCAUGCACUUCUACACACAGGACGUGGAAACUGGUGCACAGCUAGAAAGCCUGAUGGAGACCAUGCGGGCGGAGAUUGCCAAUCAGCCACCUGUGGAGGGCGCCUUCUCCCCACAAAGAGGGGACUACUGCAUUGCCAAGUUCACUGAUGGAGAAUGGUACAGAGCUCGAGUGGAGAAGGUUGAAUCAGCAGCAAAGGUUCACGUGUUCUACAUAGAUUAUGGCAAUAGAGAGAUUUUGUCUUCUGUACGUCUAGCUGCUCUUCCUUCUGCCUUCGGUACCCGAACCCUGCCUGCACAGGCCACAGAGUACACCUUUGCCUUUAUCCAGGUCCCACAAGAUGAGGAUGCACGGGCUGAUGCAGUGGACUGUUUGGUGAGGGACAUCCAGAACACACAGUGUCUGCUAAAUGUGGAGUAUGGUGGCUCGACUUGUCCACAUGUCACUCUGCAGUUCGCUGACUCCAAAGACGACGUGGGUCUUGGCUUGGUCAAAGAGGGUCUGGUCAUGGUGGAUGUCCGCAAAGAGAAACACCUGCAGAAAAUGGUGACUGAGUAUCUAAAUGGCCAGGAGUCUGCAAAGAGUGCCAGGCUCAACAUUUGGCGCUAUGGAGACUUCCGUGCCGAUGACGCAGAUGAGUUUGGAUACAGGCGCUAAGUCCUGCUAGUCCAAAGAUGUUAUGGAGGAUGCAUUAACAGAGAGAAACAGGAAAAUAUUUCAACAAUCUUAUUAUUGGUAUCAUUGAAACAUUCACCUCUUUUUUUCCAUGCUUGGCGCAUUUAGUCUUUUCUGCUCUCUUUUUCAAGCGAGUACAGAAUUUACAUGAAGAUGCGUAUAAAAGGACCAAUUUACCAUGAUAUGAUAUUUUAGCCAAUUUUCAUUUCAAUUUCCAUGAUUCCUGGAGCAUUUACAGACAGACGCCCACACACUGUAUUGUACAGCUUCAGUAGAGGGUUUUGCACAUCUUCCUGAGAAAAUGCUUCCUUAAUUAUGAAAUAAUUUUCAAUUUAUGAAUUUCUAUGGAUAUUAUUUUGAAGUUAGGUAAGCACACUCAAAAAGAAACUGAUGAGUGUAUUUUUUUAUGUAUGAGUGUUUUGUGUAAGGAAUGGUUUUCUCUGUGUGGCAAAAAGAAAAGCUGCCAAUGCCUUGACAAGCAUUUGUUCAAUUUCUCUGGGAUGUUUACAUAUAACAGUAGUUUUCUUUGUGUCCUCCAUGUAUCUCACUCUCUUCUCCCAUAUACGAAAUAGUGUUUGAAAUGAUUUCCUUCCAAGAUAGACUUGGUCAUUGUAUUUAAGUCUGCUAAAUAAAAAUGAGCAACAUCGUUUUGUCUGUCUCACUGAGAAUUUAA